CGCCCCGUCCCCGCGGGUCCGAGCACUGGGCGCAGCGUCCAGCCGAGGCGGGACGUGGACCGUCGGCGCCCACAGCGCGGGGACAGAGUUCGCUCGCCCCAGGGGGAACCAGCACAUUUUCUCCAGGAUGACGCCCCUGCAGUGGCGGCUGCUGUGGCUGCUGCUCCCCCUCAGCUCCCGGGCCCAGAAGCUCCCCACUCGCGACGAGCAGCUCUUCCAGAUGCAGAUCCGGGACAAGGCGUCCUUCCACCUCUCGUCGGUGCUUCCGGACGGGGCUGAAAUCAGCAGCUAUCUCUUCAGAGACACACCGAAGAGGUACUUCUUCGUGGUGGAGGAAGACAACACACCGCUGUCGGUGACGGUGACUCCCUGCGACACGCCCCUGGAGUGGAAGCUGAGCCUGCAGGAGCUGCCCGAGGAGGCGAGUGGGGAGAGCUCAGGGGAGCCGGAGCCCCUGGAGCAGCAGAAGCAGGUCACCAGUGAGGAAGCCACGGAGCUGCUGUCCUACAAAGGCAACGACGUGGAGUCCUUCGUGUCCUCCAGCGCCCCCGCUGGGUUGUACCAGCUGGAGCUCCUGUCCACCGAGAAGGACACGCACUUCAAAGUCUAUGCCACCACCACGCCGGAGUCCGACCAGCCCUACCCGGAGCUACCCUACGACCCCAGAGUGGACGUCACCUCCCUGGGGCGCACCACGGUCACUCUGGCCUGGAAGCCGAGCCCCACGGCCUCUUUGCUGAGGCAGCCCAUUCAGUACUGCGUGGUCGUCAACCGAGAGCACAACUUCAAGAGCCUGUGCGCCGUGGAGGCGAAGCUGAGCGUGGACGACGCCUUCAUGACGGCGCCGAAGCCGGGCCUGGACUUCAGCCCCUUCGACUUCGCCCACUUCGGCUUCCCGUCGGGGAAUUCGGGCAAAGAGCGCAGCCUCCUGGCCAAGCUGCCCCCGAAGCCGGGCCGCCCCGUCCACGCGCGGCCCAAGCCGGACAUCCAGAAGCUCUGCAUAGGGAACAAGAACAUCUUCACCGUCUCGGACCUGAAGCCCGACACGCAGUACUACUUCGACGUCUUCGUGGCCAACAGCCGCAGCAACACGAGCACCGCCUACGUGGGCACCUUCGCCAGGACCAGGGAGGAGGCCAAGCAGAAGACGGUGGAGCUGAAAGACGGCAGGGUGACGGACGUCUUCGUGAAGAGGAAGGGAGCCAAGUUUCUACGGUUCGCUCCCGUCUCCUCGCACCAGAAGGUCACCUUCUUCGUCCACUCGUGUCUGGACGCUGUGCAGAUCCAGGUGAGGCGAGAUGGGAAGCUGGUUCUGUCCCAGAACGUGGAAGGCAUUCGGCAGUUCCUGCUCCGGGGCAGGCCCAAGGCCAAGUAUCUGGUCCGGCUGAAGGGGAACAAGAAGGGGGCGUCCAUGCUGAAAGUCCUGGCCAGCACACGGCCCAGCAAGCACACCUUCCCCGCCCUGCCCGAGGACACGCGGGUCAAAGCCUUCGACAGGCUCCGCACCUGCUCCUCGGCCACCGUGGCCUGGCUGGGCACCCAGGAGAGGAACAAGUUUUGCAUCUACAAGAGGGAAGUGGAUGACAGCUACAACGACGAGCAGAAGAGAAGAGAGCAGAAUCAGUGUCUGGGGCCAGACACGAGGAAGAAGUCAGAGAAGGUCCUGUGUAAAUACUUCCACAGUCAGAACCCGCAGAAGGCGGUGACCACAGAAACGGUUAAGGGUCUCCAGCCUGGGAAAGCUUACCUGCUGGAUGUUUAUGUCAUAGGACACGGGGGCCACUCCGUGAAGUACCAGAGCAAAGUCGUGAAAACCAGGAAGUUCUGUUAGUGACCCGGCGUGCAGGGGUGUCACGCAGACCUCCAGGAGAGACGGUGAGCACCCCGCACAGAGACCCCGGGGCCUGUACUUGUUCUGUGGACGCACCGUGUCAGCGUGUGUCUGUGGAUGCUGGCAGUCACUGUUGGAGGAGACUCGGUCUCGUGGGUACCUGGUGUCACAGACAGGACAUCACAAAUGAACUGCCUGCCGUCCCUUGCUUUGACCACUGCAUGAACUGCUUCUAAAUUAUUUUAUUACCUAGAAGUUUAAAAUAUGCCAUUCAUUGCACACAUCCAGAAAAUGCCAACCAUUCCUCUCUGUAGGUGCUAGGAUAUAUCUAUAUAAAUUAUUUUAUAAAGUCUUGUUUUAAAUGUCAGUGUUUCUAUGAUCGUCAACUAUUACACCCUUUUCCUGCUAAAGUACAGAUCGAAUCUGAGUAUCUGAAGUGGACAGUCCGCUAGCCAGUGAUACUGUAAAUUCUUAUCUGUUGAGUCAAGUGUUUAAAUGCUGAAUGUAUCUCAUGUACAAAGUUGACACGUUAUAUUCAU